AUGUCCACCUACGACCACUCCCGGGUUGCCCAAUUCAUUGGUGGCAACUCUAUCGAUACUGCGCCAGCAGGGCGCGUCCUCGACUUUGUCAAGGCAAACGGGGGACAUACGGUCAUCACCAAGGUUCUCAUCGCCAACAACGGUAUUGCUGCUGUGAAGGAAAUUCGAUCCGUCCGGCAAUGGAGCUACGAGACAUUCGGCGACGAGCGCGCGAUCCAGUUCACGGUCAUGGCCACACCGGAGGACUUGCGCAUCAAUGCUGAGUACAUCCGCAUGGCCGACCGAUACAUCGAAGUUCCGGGCGGCACCAAUAACAACAACUACGCUAACGUGGAUCUCAUUGUCGAUGUCGCUGAGCGAGCUGGCGUACACGCCGUCUGGGCAGGCUGGGGCCAUGCUUCCGAGAACCCGCGCUUACCGGAUAGUCUUCGUGAUAGCAAGCAGAAGAUUGUCUUCAUCGGUCCACCCGGUAGCGCUAUGCGCAGUCUGGGUGACAAGAUCUCUUCCACAAUCGUCGCGCAGCAUGCGGAGGUACCCACCAUGGCGUGGUCUGGUACGGGUAUCUCCGAUACGACGCUCUCGCCGGAAGGCUUCGUUACUGUCCCCGACAAGGCGUAUAUGGACGCGUGUGUCUCAAGUGUCGAGGACGGUCUCGUAAAGGCAGAGACGAUCGGUUUCCCAGUCAUGAUCAAGGCGAGCGAGGGUGGAGGAGGCAAGGGUAUCCGCAAGGUAGACUCUGCCGAUCAAUUCAAGAACGCAUACCACGCCGUCGCAGGAGAGAUACCGGGGUCGCCUAUCUUCAUCAUGAAGCUCGCAGGCCAAGCACGUCACCUCGAGGUGCAGCUUCUCGCCGACCAAUAUGGUAACGCCAUCUCGCUCUUUGGUCGCGACUGUUCGGUCCAGCGCCGGCACCAGAAGAUCAUCGAAGAGGCGCCGGUCACGAUUGCGAAGCCUGAUACGUUUGAGCAGAUGGAGCGUGCAGCUGUCCGUCUUGCCAAACUCGUCGGCUACGUGAGCGCGGGUACCGUGGAGUACCUGUACAGCCAUGCGGAGGACAAUUUCUUCUUCCUGGAACUCAAUCCGCGUCUACAGGUCGAGCAUCCCACGACUGAGAUGGUGUCCGGAGUAAACCUUCCCGCGGCCCAGCUCUUAGUCGCGAUGGGCAUUCCACUUCACCGCAUCAAGACCAUCCGCCAGCUCUACGGCGUCCCCCCACAUGGCACAUCGGAAAUCGACUUCGACCGCGUCAACCCAGACACCAACUCGCUGCAGCGCAAGCCUACGCCGAAAGGUCAUGUCGUCGCCGUCCGUAUCACUGCUGAGAACCCGGAUGCUGGAUUCAAGCCGUCCUCUGGCGCUCUCCAAGAGCUCAACUUCCGCUCAAGCACCAACGUUUGGGGAUACUUCUCCGUCAAUAGCACGGGUAGUUUGCACGAGUACGCGGACUCUCAGUUCGGCCACAUCUUUGCGUACGGCCAGGAUCGUUCCGAGAGUCGCAAGAACAUGGUCGUCGCACUCAAGGAGCUCAGUAUUCGUGGUGACUUCCGCACAACCGUUGAGUACCUCAUCAAGCUGCUCGAGACGCAAGCCUUCGACGAGAACACCAUCACCACUGGCUGGCUCGACACGCUCAUUUCGAACAAGUUGACGGCCGAGCGUCCUGACUCGACACUUGCCGUCAUCUGUGGCGCGGUUACCAAAGCUCACCUCGCGUCUGAGGCGUCCUGGGGCGAGUACAAGCGCAUUCUCGACAAGGGACAGGUCCCCUCGCGUGAUGUCCUUCGCACAGUCUUUGGCGUCGACUUCAUCUACGACAACGUUCGCUACUCGUUCACUGCUACUCGCUCUUCGCGCAUGACCUGGACUCUUUAUCUCAACGGAGGUCGCACUAUGGUCGGCGCUCGGCCACUCGCUGACGGCGGUUUGCUCGUCCUUCUUGAUGACAAGUCACACUCGGUCUACUGGCGCGAGGAGGUCGGCGCUCUGCGUGUCAUGAUCGACUCGAAGACGUGCCUCAUUGAGCAGGAGAACGAUCCGACUCAGCUUCGCAGCCCAUCGCCCGGCAAGCUCGUGCGCUUCCUCGUCGACUCAGGCGACCACGUUAACGCGGGUGAUGCCUACGCUGAGAUCGAAGUCAUGAAGAUGUACAUGCCUCUCACGGCGGCUGAGGAUGGUAUCGUCCAGUUCGUCAAGCAACCUGGUGUUUCUCUGGAGCCCGGAGAUAUCCUCGGCAUUCUCACGCUCGACGACCCGUCCCGCGUCAAGCACGCGAAGCCGUUCGACGGUCUCCUGCCCGCCACCGGUCCUCCAGGUGUUAUCGGCAACAAGCCCCACCAGAAGCUCGCACUGUAUGUUGACAUCCUCAACAACCACCUUGAGGGCUUCGAUAACUCUGCGAUCAUCAACGCGACGUUCAAGAGCCUCAUCGAAGUCCUGCAUGAUCCGGAGCUGCCCUACACCGAGACCGCCGCCAUCCUCGCAACCUUGUCCGGUCGUAUCCCGAGCAAGCUUGAGGACAGCAUCCGAGGCCUACUAGACGCUGCCCGUGGCAAGGGCAAGGGCAGCCCUGGCGAGUUCCCCGCGACGCGCAUCAAGAAGCAACUCGACCAUUACCUUGCCGACAUCCGCGCCCAGGAUCGCACAAUCCUUCGCGCCCAGUUGACGCCGAUCAUUGACGUUGUCGAGCGUUACGCCGGCGGCCUCAAGUCUCACGAGGUCCUCGUCAUCACCAGCCUCCUCGCGCGGUACGCCGACACCGAGAAGCUCUUCGGUGGUAGCAUUGAAGCCCGCGUUCUUGCUCUUCGCGAGCAGCAUAAGGAUGCGCUCGACAACGUCGCAUCGCUCGUUCUCAGCCACAUCAAGGCGCCGAGCAAGGCGAAGCUCGUGCUUACAAUCCUUGAUUACGUCAAGAGCAGCAACAUGCCUGUGGCAACGGACCAGCACCUCCACGACACGCUUCAAGCGCUCGCCAGUCUCGAGGGCCGUUCUUCCACCCAGGUCUCGCUCAAGGCGCGCGAGGUUCUCAUCGCCGGCCAGAUGCCCUCGUACGAGGAACGUUUGAUCCAGAUGGAGGCGGUUCUCAAGGCGUCGCUGGGCACGACUUCGUACGGCGAGCAUGGUGGCUACGGCUCGCACAAGACGCCCUCGCCUGAGGUUUUGAAGGAGCUGAGCGAUUCGCGGUACACCGUAUAUGAUGUUUUGCCUUCGUUCUUUGCCAAUGAUGACCCUUGGCUUGCUCUUGCCGCUUUCGAGGUGUACGUCCGCCGUGGCUACCGCAUGUACUCCCUUCUCUCCAUCGAUUAUGAGGAGGGCGACGGUGGCGACGACGGCGUUGAUCCGACGAUUCUGACCUGGCGGUUCACGAUCGGGAAGUCGCACUCACCGCCUCAGACGCCGCGUAUGGACCGUUUCGGCGAGCAGCGCCGCCAAGGCUCAGUCAGUGACUUGUCGUACAUGAUCAGCCGCAAUCAGUCGGAGCCUGUCCGCUGUGGCGCGAUCUCGUCUUUUAAGAACCUUGAAGCGCUCGCGACUGGGUUCGAUGAGGUUAUCCAAACUCUACCUCCGUUCGACGCCGGCGAGUACCGCCAGCGCCAUGGCGACAACCAGCCACCCAACGUGCUCAACAUCGCUUUGCGCGUGUUCGAGGAGGAGGACGACAUGUCGGCGAAAGAGUGGUCUGAGAAGAUCGCCGCAUUCGUCAACGAGCGCAAGGCUCAGAUCAAAGCGCGCGGUGUUCGUCGUGUAUCGGUCAUGAUCUGCCGCCGUGGUCAGUACCCUGAGUACUACACGCUUCGCGACUUCAACGGCGAGUGGCGCGAGGAGGAGGCCAUCCGUAACAUCGAGCCUGCUACCGCGUUCCAGCUCGAGCUGUCCCGCCUCUCGAACUACAACCUCGAGCCGGUCUUCGUCGAGAACAAGCAGAUCCACGUCUACCAUGGUGUCGCACGCGAGAACCAGCUCGACCACCGCUUCUUCGUUCGUGCGCUCAUUCGCCCUGGCCGCCUGCGCGAUAAUAUGAACACUGCCGAGUACCUCGUCUCUGAGACAGAUCGUCGCGUAACGAGCAUCCUCGACGCUCUUGAAGUCGUAUCGGCGCGCUACCGCAACUCGGACUGCAACCACAUCUUCAUGAACUUUGUCUACAACCUCCCGGUCACGUACGACGAUGUUCUUGAGGCUAUCUCCGGGUUCAUCGAGCGUCAUGGCAAGCGUCUCUGGCGCCUCCACGUCACAAGCUCCGAGAUUCGCAUCUCCCUUGAGGACAGCGAGGGCAACGUCACUCCCCUUCGUUGCAUCAUCGAGAACGUCUCUGGCUUCAUCGUUAACUUCCACGGCUACCAGGAAAUUGUCACCGACAAAGGUACCACCAUCCUCAAGUCCAUCGGCGAGAAGGGCCCGCUUCAUCUCCAGCCCGUCAACCAGCCAUACCCGACGAAGGAGUCGCUGCAGCCCAAGCGUUACCAGGCCCACCUCAUCGGCACGACCUACGUCUACGACUUCCCAGACCUCUUCUCGAAGGCGCUCCAGAAUGUGUGGAUCAAAGCGCGUGCGACCGAUGCCAACCUCAAGGCCCCGAAGAAGCUACUUGACGCCAAGGAGCUUGUACUCGACGAGCACGACAAGCUUGUUGAGGUCGAGCGCGCACCGGGCAACAAUACGUUCGGCAUGGUCGCGUGGGUGUUCACGAUGUACACGCCGGAGUUCCCUCAGGGUCGUCGCGCUGUGGUCAUCUCCAAUGACAUCACGUACAAGAUCGGCUCUUUCGGCCCCGUUGAGGACCAGUUCUUCUACCUGGUAUCGCAGUACGCGCGCGAGCUGGGCCUGCCGCGCAUUUACCUCUCAGCCAACUCGGGUGCUCGCAUUGGCCUCGCUGAGGAGGCUAUGAGCCUCUUCUCCGCUGCAUGGAACGACGCUGCGAACCCGGAGAAGGGCUUCCAGUACCUCUACCUCACUCACGAGAACUGGCUCAAGUUGGAGGAGAAGGCGCCAGGCGCUGUCCGCACUGUUGAGGUCGAAGAGGGUGGCGAACGUCGCCACAAGAUCACCGACAUCAUCGGUCUCCAGGACGGUCUUGGUGUCGAAUCGCUUCGCGGUUCUGGUCUCAUUGCCGGCGAAACGUCGCGCGCCUACGAUGACAUCUUCACCAUCACGCUCGUUACCGCCCGUUCCGUCGGUAUCGGCGCGUACCUCGUCCGUCUCGGCGAGCGUGCCGUUCAGGUCGAAGGCCAGCCCAUCAUCCUCACGGGUGCGCAGGCGCUCAACAAGGUCCUCGGUCGUGAGGUCUACACGUCCAACCUCCAGCUCGGUGGCACACAGAUCAUGCACAAGAAUGGUGUUUCGCAUCUCACGGCGAACUCUGACCUUGAGGGCACGACGCAUAUCCUUGAGUGGCUCUCGUACAUCCCGGAGAAGCGCAACGGCGCGCUGCCCAUUCGCCCCACGGCGGACACUUGGGACCGCGACAUCUCGUACACGCCGCCAAAGGGUCCUUACGACCCGCGCUGGUUCAUCGAGGGCAAGACGGACGAGACGACCAGCGAGUUCCUGCCCGGUUUCUUUGACAAGGGCUCGUUCCAGGAGACGCUCUCCGGCUGGGCGCAGACUGUUGUCGUCGGCCGUGCACGCCUCGGUGGUAUUCCUAUGGGUGUCAUUGCCGUCGAGACGCGCACGAUCGAGCGCAUCGUUCCCGCAGACCCGGCGAACCCGGCGUCCUUCGAGCAGCGCAUCAUGGAGGCCGGCCAGGUCUGGUACCCGAACUCGUCCUUCAAGACCGCGCAGGCGAUCUUCGACUUCAGCCGCGAGGAGCUCCCGCUGAUCAUCUUCGCUAACUGGCGUGGCUUCUCCGGUGGCCAGCAGGACAUGUACGACGAGGUCCUCAAGUAUGGUGCGAAGAUCGUCGAUGGUCUCUCAUCGUACAAGAAGCCCGUCUUCGUCUACAUCGUCCCGAACGGCGAGCUUCGUGGUGGUGCCUGGGUCGUGCUCGACCCGUCCAUCAACGCCGAGGGUCGCAUGGAGAUGUACGCGGAUGUUGACGCGCGUGGUGGUGUGCUCGAGCCUGAGGGUAUCGUCGAGAUCAAGAUGCGUCGCGACAAGAUGAUUGCACUUAUGGACCGCCUCGAUGAGCCGUAUGCUCAGCUCAAGAAAGACUCCAAGGACGCCGCCAAGACGCCCGAAGAGCGUGCUAUCGCGGCCGACCAGCUUGAGCAGCGUGAGCAGCACUUGGCCCCGACGUACAGGCAGAUCGCUCUCCUCUACGCUGACCUCCACGACCGCGCCGGUCGUAUGGAGGCGAAGGGUUGCGCACGACCCGCGACGUGGAAGAACGCCCGCCGCCAGUUCUAUUGGGCAACGCGCGCGCGUCUUGCGCAGACCUCUGCCAUCGAGCAGAUUGGUGACGCAAGUCCCGAGAUGUCAAAUGAUCAGCGGAAGGAGUUGCUAUUCUCGUUGGCCCACCUUGAAGGCAAGGCUGACGACCGUGCCGUCGCCGAGGCGCUUGAGGCGCUCGAUCUGAAGGCGACCCUCGCCCAGCUCCGCAGCGACCACCUCUCCCGUCGUCUGCUCGAGAUCAAGCAGGACGACCGCAAGGCCGUGCUCGACAACGUCGUCCGUCUCGUCGAUAACUUCUCGGCAGAGGAGAAGGCGCUCGUCCUCGCUGCCCUGCAAAACGUCAACCGUUCCCCUGUCUCUUAG